GCUGAAAUGAAAUAGAAUUAUCCUAACUUCAGAUGUGCAUAAAAGCUUGCUAAAUGAUUGUUUAGUCCAUCACAACAUUCAAUUGAAUAGUAUCGAUAGGUGAACGUACAUCUAACAAAGAUGGCAACAUUAGACGAAAAAAAAGGCUAUCAGGAGGAUGACACAGGUACUUCCACCGCCGAGCUAGUACUAGACGAUGAUGACGAGGUUGAGUCUGAGUUUGAUGAAAGCUACACGGCCAGCAUUCGAGACAUCAACCUUGCGGCAUGGAUGGUGUUCACGGUCGAACUAGGAGAGCGUCUCUCAUUUUACUCUACCAAGAAUGUUUACCUGACAUUUACGCAAGAGAUGCUGGGUAUGUCAUCUGCCAACUACAAUUUGCUGAUGAACUUCAACUCAGCCAUGAACUACGGUGUAUUCUUGUUGAUGGGAGGAUAUCUCGCUGAUUCUUAUAUGGGCAACUUCAAGGUCAUUGCUUACCUUGCGCCAGUGUACUUGGUCGGAAAGGCCAUCUUGUGGAUGACAGCUAUACCGGGAUUGUCUUUCGAUCACUAUCCAUAUGAGCCAACGUGGGGAGAAUGGGGCUUCUACAUCUCCAUUACUAUUAUGGGAGUGGGUGCGGGCUUCAUCAAGCCUUGCAUCUCCGUAUUCGCCGCUGAACAGCUACGUGGCAAGGACGGAUCUGAUGCUCACCCCAAGUUGGUUGAAUUAGUCUACCAGGCUUUCUAUUUCUGUAUUAAUGUCGGUGCCUUUAUUGGACAAUUCAUCUCACCGAUUCUUGUCAGUGAGAUUGAACAGUUGAAGAUGACUUGCGGCACUGAUGCGUACCUGAAAGCCGAAUGUCAAGAUCUGUGCUACGGAGGAGAUUUCUGCCUUGGUACCGCCUACCCUCCCGUCGAGCUGCAAAGUGUAUGCUGCUACGGAGGAAACAAGGGUACAGGUUACUGGAUCGCAUGGGGCUUUACUCUGUUCCUCUUCUGUGGUGCAUUCGUUGUGUUCUACGUCGGAGCCUACAAACCUGGAUACGUGAAGGUGCCGCCUCAGGGUUCGGCAUUGACUCCCUUCUAUCGCACAAUGAAGGCUGCGAAAAGAAACAAGGUUGCACCGGAGGACUGCGAUAUGUCCGGACCUAUUUCUUGGGCAAACCGCGCGAAGUCUGAACCAGGAAUGGAUUAUCAUGAGGUAGAUAAGGUCCGUCUGGUGCUGCACGCGUGCAAACCGUUUGUCUUCUACCUGCUGUUCUGGUGGGCGAACUUGUCUCCUCAGGAUUAUAUGGCAUCAAUGUGUCUUAAGGGAUUCUACGAGGUGGGCUUCAUCGAUUGUAACCAAGUAUCCAACGCCAAUGCCCUUGCCAUCCUAAUUGGUCUACCGGCCUGCGUAUUCCUGUUCUAUCCUAUGUUGCGUAAAAUGGGUUUCUCACUCAAGCCUAUGCACAAGGCCACAUUCGGAAUGUUCAUAGUUGCAGUUCCUUGGAUGUUCCUACUUGGUUUCUACUACUACAUGAUUUCAGUUGGUACCUUCACCGGCACGGACGUGACAAGUUGGGUGGAUGACACUCCUGCGACUGAUAGCAGAAUGAACAUUCUUUGGUUGGCUAUUCCCUAUGGUAUGACUGGUUUGUCCGAGAUCUUCCUGAACGUGCCUCUUAUGGAGCUUGCAUACAGUCAAACCCCUGUGGGUUACAAGGGUAUCACCAUGGCCAUUACACUGAUGUCCAACUUCUUUGGGUAUGUGAUUCCCGGUUUCAUUGUGAACCCCUUCUUCACUGCUCAAAACCAAGUGAUCUACUACUGGGUGACGCUCGUACUAAUCAUACUACAGAUUGGCUGGAUGAUCUACUUCUCUAUGCACUACGUUAACGGUCGCGAUCUUUGCCCCGAGUUGUACGAUGCUAAAAUUGAUGACGAUGAUGUUGAGAUCACAAGUACCCAUAAGGAUAGUCUCAAACAAUAGUUCAUUGCUGGAAUAUGUUAUUCUCAUUCGAACACAUAAUCACUUUUGAAAUAUAUCAUGAAUUAAAUAGACGUAAAUUCACA